CUCUGUCUCGCUCUCACACGCAUGCAUGUGCACACACACACACACCCCUUAUAAUCUAUACUGUCAUUCCCAACUAUUUGCAGUUACCUGAUUUUUCUGGGACUCCAUGCCUUUGCACAUGCCAUGCCUCACGAUGGGACUCUCCUUCAGACAUCAGAACACCAUUUCUCUUUCGAGAGUCUGCUCAAGCACAAAUGAGGCUUACCUUGGCAUUGAGGCGUUAAGUUUGACUGCUCUCUUCUUUGUGUCUGUUCUGUGCUGAAAUGUACUUCCAUCACAGCCUUAGGUGUAAUCAUAUGACACAGAAGUCUUUUAUGUUAAUCUCACUCCACCAGACCGUAAACACCUUUAGAACAGGAGUGGUGUUGCAUUAAGCUUUCAACCCCAAGCACCAGGAAUGCCAGUAACAUACUGAAUCCUCAGUAGAUGCUUGCUCACUGAAUGAAUGAAUGAGAUCCAGAAGUGAGAUCUUUCCUAAUGAUCUUUUUUUCUCUCUCUCUCCCACAAAAUGUAUGAAGUUAAGGGCAUGCUAAGCUUCCUAUGUAGCUUAACAUGGGGAAACCUGACCUCCGAAGGUGGUAAGACCCACCUCCUCUGCACAUUUGCCACAGUACCCUGCCAAGCCCCCAGAUUAAUCGGGGAUGUGCUGUUCCAGGGGUCAUUGUCAUUCAGAGACGUGGCCGUGGGCUUCACCCGUGAGGAAUGGCAGCGGCUGGAUCCGACGCAGAGGACCCUGUACCGAGAUGUGAUGCUGGAGAACUACAGCCACCUGGUCUCCGUGGGGUGUCAAGUCACCAAACCAGCUGUGAUCUCCAGGUUGGAGCAGGGGCAAGAACCAUGGAUGGGGGAGGAAGAAAUCCUCAGAUGGAGCUUUCCAGAGGUUUUGCAGGUCAACACCCAAGCAGCCAGACAACAGGAACACCCAGACAAACCUUUGAGGCAAGUUGCAUUCCUAGAGAAGAAGGAAUUCACCAACCCAGGGUGCUGGGAACAUAAUACAGUUGGAAAAAGCACCUGUCAGAACACAAACCUUGUUCCCUCAGGACGGCAGGUCCAUCGGUGUGACUCCUGUGGGACGCGUUUGCAGUGUGACACAGACUUUAGUCCUAAUGCGUAUCUUGCCAGAAGGAGAUUUGAGUGUGAUGGACGGGGGAACUUAUUCCUUUAUUCCAAGCUUGAAACUCCACCUUCUGGGGUUUAUCUACGUGAAUGUAGCCAAUGUAGAAAAGUGUUUAGCUGUAGCCAAGCCUUUAAUGCUGAUCAGGGAGCUGACAGGGGUGAGAAGCCCCAUGCAUGUACCAAAUGUGGGAAAGGCUUUAACCACAAAUCAGAACUCAUUACACACGAGAGAGUCCACAGGGGUGAGAAAUCCUUCAGAAGAGGUGAACGGUGGGGUGGCCUGCGGGACAAGGAUUACCUCAGUGGACGUCAGGGAAACCGCACAAAAGAGCAGCCCGGUGGGAAGGGCAGUUGUGGUAAAACCCUCGCCCAAAAGACAAGCCUGUCCAUUCCUGAGGCAGCUCUUGCUGGAGAGAAGCCUUACAAGUGUUCAGAGUGUGAGAAAACCUUCUCGCACAGGUCCCGCCUCAUGGAACACCACAGAUCUCACACAGGGGAGAAACCCUAUGGCUGCAAAGAAUGUGGGAAAUCUUUCUCCAGGAAGUCCUGCCUCAUUAUCCAUUAUAGAAUCCACACCGGGGAGAAGCCCUACGGGUGCAGCGAGUGCGGGAAGGCCUUUUUCCAGAAGUCACACCUCAUCCUCCAUCAGAGGACGCACACUGGGGAGAAGCCCUACAGGUGCAGCGAGUGUGGGAAGGCCUUCUCCCAGAACUCAUGCCUUAUCAUUCACAAGAGGACCCACAUGGGGAGGAAGCCCUAUGAGUGCUCCGACUGCGGGAAGACCUUCUCCCAGAAGGCCAACCUCAUCAGACACCACAGAAUUCACACCAGGGAAAAGCUCUAUGGGUGAAAUGAGAGGAAAGAUUUCAUCCAGAAGCCACAGCAUGUCUAGGAAUGAAAACCUCUGGAUAUUCUGAAUGUGGAAAAUCCUUCAGCAAGAAGCCCAGGGCCACUGGACACAGAGAUUCAUACUAAGGUGAAAUCUUACCAGUUUGGAGAAUUGGGAGAACUUUGUUCUCUUAAGUCUGGUGGUAGAAUUGUUGAUGAUGCCCUAGAAUGAUAUAUUUUUAUAGUCUAUACUUAAUUAUAAAGUGUAUCUGUCCAAAGGAACUGUCGAUAUUAAGCUUUAAAUAUGUGAAUAAGUUUACCUCAUCGAGACAACAAAUCUAAUAAGCAUCAGAACAAUCCUGUGAUUUCACUGGGGUUCUGUCGCUGAGGAUGCUACAUGAAAUGAAUUUCAUUAAUUUUUUUAGCUGCCUUGGUAAUUGAACAUAACUGUGAACUUGUAGACAAACACAUCCUAAAAUACAGAAUGACAUCCACACUAAACCAUACUCUGUCUUGUAAUAUGCAUUAUUAUUGGAACAAUAUGAACUUAUUAUUAAACCAGAAGUCCAUAUAUCAUAUCA